UUGUGCCUUGAUCGCCCAGCCUGUAACUUAUAGAAUUUAGCCAGCUUGGGAGUCUUGGGCAAAAUACAUCACGCCCAAUUGGGUAUUUUGUCAAUUAACUGUGUCCACGCGGUAAUUAGAAGCAAUUAACUGCAAAACAGUGAAUUAAAACUACGAAAUAGAGAAUCGAACCAUCGAUUGACGUCGCGAGUGCGUGAUAAAAGCACGGUUUACAACACAACAAACUGUAGUGUGGUUAAACUUAACAAUGCACAUAAAAUUUUUAAUAUUCGUAAAUUAUGACAUCUGAGGUGCAGGAAGUUCGAGUGGAAUACGUCGAAAAUUCAACCCAGGAGGCCAAGCCCACCCCGUCGCCUCUGGCGCUGCUCGCCGCCACCUGCAGCAGAAUCGGACCUACCUCAAGUGAAACACCUCCCACAGUCACCAUGUCCACUACGCCCUCCCCCACGGUGAAGAGCGUCCCGGUGGCGAGCCCUCAGGUGGUGAGCGUGCCCGUAGGCCUGCCCCAGCAGCUGCAACAGCAACUCCUCCAGCAGCAGGCCGGGGCACAGCUGGUGAGCGCCGCGGCCGCUGCCGGCCAGAAUUUGGCAUAUAAUGUAAUGCAGCCAAUGCAGACCGUCACCGUCGACGGCCAGGAGGCGCUUUUUAUACCCGCUAUGACCCUUGCAGGGGGACAACAACCUCAGCAGAUUUUCAGUCCUGGUCAAAUAAUAAGAGGUCCAAGUGUACUACCCGCGAAUAUCCAGAACCUCCAAAAUCUUCAAAAUUUACAAAACCUUCCCACCGUGCAGCUAUCCAAUGGACAAAGCGUUACUGUCCGACCAACCCUUCCUCAGAUGGUGCAGUUUCCCAUGCAACAGACCAUACCGAUACAAGUUCCUAUAUCGACGGGUAAUGGUCAAACCGUCUACCAAACGAUACAUUUCCCUGUGCAAUUGGCAGCCACCGCAGUUCCUAACAUUAUUCAAGCUCAACCCCAAUUUGCAAACAUCCUGACGCCCAACGGACAAAUUCAACAACUGCAAAUUGCCACGUCAGUAGCAGCUCCUCAAACACCCACUUCUGUUGCACAAGGCACGGCCCAGGUGGCUCAAUUGGAUGCUAAUACCCAGCUUACUUUUACGGGAGCGAACGGACAGCAAUUUACCGUUAUACCAGCGGCGAAUUUGCAGCAAGUACGAGGUGCUACAGUUGGAAAUUUAGGAAAUUUAGGAAAUAUUAUACAAGUGCCUAAUAUUCAAGCCAUACCAAAUAUACAAAACAUACCAGGACUUGGCAAUGUUCAAGUAAUAACCCAACAAGCCGCAGCACCCCAAAUAGCAGUAGGCCAACAUAUCCAACAAGAUCCCAACGAUCCCAGUAAGUGGCAAGUGAUCCCUAAUGUUACAGCCACUGCCCAACCCGCUACCACCGCCCCUUUAACCCCUGGUGUUGUCGUCACAACGUCACCAACAGAUCCAAACAACACCACGCCGACCAACGAUCCAAAUGGGGAUGGACUGCAAAAACAGAGGGUUCGAAGAGUGGCUUGCACAUGUCCAAACUGUAGGGAAGGUGAACGGCAUUCAGACAGAAAAAAACAACACAUAUGUCAUAUACCCGGCUGCAAUAAAGUUUACGGGAAGACCAGUCACUUAAGAGCACACUUGCGGUGGCACACGGGGGAAAGGCCGUUUGUGUGCACCUGGUUGUUUUGUGGGAAACGAUUUACAAGAUCUGAUGAGUUGCAAAGGCAUAGGAGAACCCAUACGGGGGAAAAGAGGUUUCAGUGCAAUGAGUGUAGCAAGAAAUUUAUGCGGUCAGACCACUUGUCGAAACAUUUGAAGACCCAUCAAAAGCAACGGAUAAUGCGGCAAGAGGUAUUAGACCAAGACGAGGAUGACACUUGGGAUCAAGAACAACCUCAACCCCAAGCACAACAGCAACCAGAGAGCGAAAUGAAAUCAGUUUGGAUUGCAGAUACUAAAAACAAUAUUAAAUAUGCUAUCACGCGUGUUAAUUAUUCACAGGAAGCUGCGACGUCUACCCAAUCGGUGUCAUCGGACAGUUCGAGUAAUGAAGAAAAGAUGAUGAUAACGAUAAGCACGUCAGAGGCUGAUGAAUUAAUAAUUGCCGAUCCGCUGGAUAGCUGAGCACAAUUAUUUAUAGUAGAUCCUACAGAUUGUUUACUAAUUUGAAAUUUUACGAUUGUUUAAUUGAGUUUGACUAUUUAUUGUACAUAUUAAUAUGUAUAGUGAUUUGU